CACUAUGGAAUUGACAUAAAUGAAGGCUCUCUCUUUCUCUCUCUCUCUCUCUCUCUUACUCUUUAGCUGGUCGAGUGAAUUUUGCUCUUUCUUGGCAAAGGCCAUUGAUUCAUUUUCAGUUAUGCUGUAAGCAGAGAGAUAUUUGCUGUGCUGGUCGAUAUGGCUAUGUCCCAAUGCAUUGCAUUUGCCUUUUGUGGUGGUUAAUGUUACUGUUUUGUUUUCUUCAUUUCUAUUUGUUGAUGCAGGCUCUCCCUCUCCCUUUGGGUUUCUGUUUCGCUCACUCAUGCCACUCGCUUACUGUAGUGGGCGCCGCUCAUUUCGUUGCCAUUCGUUUUUCUGUGGCUGUUUAUUUGUAAUAUUUUGAAAAUGACAGUUUAUUUUUAAACGCGCUUCUGAACGUUUGUUCACUCGUUCAUCUGCUCAUUUUUAAACUUAACUUUGCGCGUUUCGGACGUUUGCGACGGAAAACAAAAAUUAAGGAAAUUGAAAGAAAAAAAAAUCUACCUUCGUAUCGCAUUCAAUUUGAAGAAACCAAACAACAAUAAUAAAAAAAUGUACACAACAAAAUCAAAUCAACAAUCACACAAGAUCGUACUUUGAUGAAAAUAAAACAAAUCAAAGGCAAACAAAAUAAAAAUGAAAUACUUUUGCGUUUAGCAAGAGUGUGUGUGAACACAACAUAAUAAAAAAAAAUAGUAAAUAAAAUUAAUAACACCCACAAUAUUAAAAGCAAACGCACAAAUUUCGUGAAAAUAAAAUUUAGAAAAUAUAUCAAAAAAAACUUGAAUUUGUUUUAAAGGCUUGAAAAAGUUUCACAAUUUUAAGACCAGUAAGGCCUUUUCUCUGGAACAAGACCAUGGCCAUUUCCAAACAAGUGCUACAAUGUUCACCUAUAAACAAAACAAAAAAUAUUUGAAUUUAAUUUUUUGAAAGCCAUAAUACAUACCCCUCAAACAAUACCCAUACAAAUAAUCAUCUAAAGGUUAAGGAACCUUUAAUGUGAUUUUUUUGUUUUAUUAUUUGUGUAUGUUGUAUUGCGUUUUUUUCUGCAUCAAACACACACACACACGCAUUCAGAAAAAAAGAGAGAUUCUUGUGAAGAAGAAGUUCUCAAUAAAGAUAAUUGUAUAAAUCACCAAAACUAAAAGAAAUAAAAAUCAACAUACCCCCCAAAAAACAAAAAUAUUGUGGGAGUGAACAUAGACAGAACGACAAGAGAGAGCCCUUAAAGGAUUACCCUCAUAUUCAUUUUUAAGUGGAUUAAACUCAACGGUUAAAAUUCAUCAUCCAUCCUGCACAACAUCACCUUUAACAAUUACAACGCCUUCUCGUCUGUGUUUUUACAACAACCACCCAUCAUUGCAAGCAUCAGCCAUAACAACAACUUCAACAUCAACACUGACAAGGAGGAGGAGGAGGAGGAAUAUUUGCCCAACAGUCUCCUUUUUCGGGAUAAAAAUACCAAAAAAGGCCUCCUCAUGAAAUGUAAAAGCUGGUCUAAUAAAAUCAACAAUUUUGUUGUUCGACGCUUGAAGUUUAUUAAGAUUAACGGUCAACAACAACAACAGCAACUCCCUCCUCUACCCACAACCUCGGCAACAUUAACCGUAACAGCAACAUUGCCUUGUGCCCCAACAACACCAACAGCAGCAACGGCGCCGGCGCAACAGCAAUAUCUGAAUCAUUGCUGUAAUAGCACCAUGCCCGCUAUGCCCACUGAGAAGGCAGCCACAGCAGUAUCAUUAACAGAAAAUAAUUUUAGUGAAUUGAAUUUUAAAGAAUUAGCCAAUACCGCUGCCGUAGUAGCUGCCACCGCUGCCAUGGCCACUACCGCCACAGUUCCCGUUAAUGCUGGGCCCAUGUCAACGGCGACAUCGUGUCGUCAACAAAAUGCUGCCCAUCAUCACCAUCAACAACAACAGCAACGACAUCUAUGUGGUUGUGGCAAUGCCUCAGCUCCUGAGGUUACCAUGCGUACGAAAUUUAUGACCAAUGGACAUUCAUCACCCCUUACAGCGGCCUUGGCCACACAAAACUCUUCACCCUCGUCAUCACCUCAACGUUUAUCAAUUGCAUCAAAUGCCAGCAGUGUCAGCAGCAAUACCACAUGUUGUCGUCUGCGUUAUCAACAACAGCAACAACAAACAAGCAAUGGUAUUGGUAGUGUUGCUGGUGUUGGUAUUGAAGCGACAGCAGCAGCAGCAGCAGCAACAACAACAACAUUGGCCUCAUCACAAACUUCCACAUCAUCCGGUGGCUCAUUUGCCAUGUCAUCCGCGUCCUCCACAACAAACAAUUCGACAAACAAUUUGUAUCCCGCUAAAGCAUCACCACCUGCCGCCACCGCCGUUACACCACCAAAGAAAUCGGCAAAAGAUUUUUAUUUUGGUAAAUACAUUGGUGAAGGCAGUUUCAGUAAUGUCUAUUUGGCGAGUGAUGUGAAUACAAAACGUGAAUAUGCAAUUAAAGUCUGCGAAAAACGCCAAAUUUUACGCGAACGCAAACAAGACUACAUACGACGCGAACGCGAAGUUAUGCACACUCUAACAAAUGUUCCUGGUUUUGUGAAUUUAUCCUGCACCUUCCAAGAUGCCCGUUCACUUUACUUUGUUAUGACCUAUGCCAAAAAUGGUGAUCUAUUGCCAUACAUCAAUAAAGUUGGUUCCUUCGAUAUCGAUUCAACGCGCCACUAUGCUGCCGAACUAGUAUUAGCCUGCGAACAAAUGCAUCGUCGCAAUAUUGUGCAUCGUGAUUUGAAACCGGAGAACAUACUGCUCGAUGAGGAUAUGCAUACGCUAAUAGCCGAUUUUGGUUCGGUAAAGAUUCUCACAGCCGAAGAGAAGAUUCAAGCUAAUGAAUUCCUACUCUCCGGCGGCAUUGAUUUUACCAAAAAGGCCAGAUGUCAAUCGGGCGGCAGCAUGCGCAGCGAUGAUGAUGAUUAUGGCGAUGAAGAUGAUGAGGAUUACGAAUCGACCGGUUCGUCGGGCGGUAGCUGUGGUGAUGGUGAAGUGUGUGGUGAGACAGAUUCACCGCGUGUCGCCAGACGUCAACAACAGCCCAGAUAUCAUCGGCGAAGACGCGGCAGUUUUGUGGGUACAGCGCAAUAUGUAUCGCCUGAGGUCUUGCAAAAUGCCCCCAUAACACCGGCAGCUGAUUUGUGGGCCUUGGGUUGCAUCAUUUACCAAAUGAUGUCGGGUUUGCCACCCUUCCGUGGUUCCAAUGACUAUGUCAUCUUCAAGGAGAUAAUUGCCUGCAAUUUAGAUUUUCCCCAAGGCUUCGACAAGGAUGCCGAGGAUCUAGUCAAAAAAUUGUUAAAACUCAAUCCUGCUGAACGUUUGGGUGCCCAAGAAUUUAUAAGUCAUUAUCUGACAAUACGCUCGCAUCCCUUCUUCAAGGGCGUGGACUUCGAGGCAGUGCGGCAGACAACACCACCUCCGAUAUCGCCGUAUUUGCCCGAUCUGGUGCGUGAGGAAGAGGAGGCGUAUAUGUUGUGCGAUAAUUUGGAACCCGGUUUGGAUGACAAACAGCUAACGAGAUUGCUGGGCAAGGAACUGGGUUGCAUUAGCGAUGACGAUGCCGGUGAGAGGAAGAUGAGUGUGAAUAAAGCCAAACCUGCAAUAACCACAACGCCGGCCUCAACGCCAAAUAGUUUUCAGAAAUCAGCCAAAAAUAGCUUUGAUCUGUCCGAUUUGGAAAAGCAUAAACGUUUGGAAUUGCAAAAAACCGAUAAAUGGCAUAGCUUUGCCGAGGGCGAAGUCAUUCUAAAGAAAGGCUUUGUUAACAAACGCAAAGGUUUGUUUGCUCGCCGCCGCAUGUUGCUGUUGACCACUGGACCCCGCCUCAUCUACAUUGAUCCCGUGCAAAUGGUGAAGAAAGGUGAAAUACCUUGGAGUCCGGAGUUGAGAGCUGAAGCCAAAAAUUUCAAAAUAUUCUUUGUGCAUACGCCCAAUCGUACCUAUUAUUUGGAUGAUCCCGAAGGCUUCGGUCUCCAAUGGGUGGAAUCCAUUGAGAAAAUGCAUCAUCUAACCUAUAAAGAACAAAUCAAUACCUCAAACUCCAAUGCUGCAGCCGGUAUUGUUGGCUCAUCCUCUUCCACAUCGUCCUCCUGCUCGUCAAAUUCCACAACAAACUCUAAUCGUUUGGCAAUGAAUCUGAACAACAAUAACAAUAAUAACAAUCACAGCCAUUCAACAAGUUCGGUAACGAAAACCUCCUCAGCCAUAUCGUCAACAUCAAUAGCGCAUAAAACCUCAUCAUUGCUGACAGCACCGUUUACAAUACUAAAAACGGCUUCCAAUUAAGCGGAGGAAGGAGGACGCAGGACAAACAAAAGCAGAGGGAAUAUCUUUAGGAUAAUGUAACGAAAAAAAGAAAAAAAAAACAAAAGCCAGCUAACAAGCAACACCACCACCACCAACAACUACAGCAACAACACCAUCUAAAAAGAAAUGACUUGUGGGAAACUUAUGGAACCAUAGAACUAACCAAAUGCAAAAACUAAAGAAGCAGUCUAAAGAAGAAGUCUCACAAAGGAAUAUCACUAUUUGCCUAUCUUUAGUUAAGCCAACGAUAAGCAAUGGGAAUGUUGAAAUGUGUUAAUGGAAACUUAAAACUGAAAACUGAAAAAUUCGCCGCAGCAACUGAAAUCAUCAGCUCCCUCUCUUAAAAUCAACCCCCAUCUACCAGCAAUUCAUAGAAAAAUUAUUUAAAUUUAAUUAUUAUUAUUUUUUUUAUUUUCAUUUGUUUAAUUUAGAACAAAUUUAGUUCAGAGAAAUAAAAAAAAAAGUUAUAAUAUAAACCCAAAACCCUUUAUAUUUUAUAAUUAUUAUAGCAUAAUUAUUAAAACAAAAAAACUAAUGAAAAUAUCCUUUAAAAAAUAAUUUAUUUACAACAAACCGGAAAGAGAAACACCCAACACUUUAUUACAUGUAUAAGUUUGGUAAUAUUUAAACAUACCUAUAUCUAUAUAUAUAUAUAUAUACAUUUACAAAAAAAUUAAUAUAAAUUGAAAAUAAUUAAUAAUUAUACAUGAAAAAGAGAGAGAAACCAGAAAAUACUACUAUUAAAAAAAACAAAACAAACAAAACUCUAGAUAGUCUCAAUUAAAAGGAAAAACAGAAAGUAAUUAUAAUAUACAUAGUACGUAUAUAUAUUAGAAAAGUAUUUAUAUAAAUAUUACAAAAACAAAAAGGAGAAGAAAAACCAGAACCCAAAAUACCUUGUAUACCCACUCCCUCUAUAAAAAACUAAACAAAAACUAAAUUUUAAGCAAUUUAGAAAAAUUUAGCGAAAAUUGCGAAAAUACACACAUUAAUAUUAAUUAUAACUAAAUUAAAGCUAAAUUAAAUUAAAAGAAAUAUUAUACAUAUAUAUAUAUAUACACACAGAUAUAAAACGCAAAGCUAUAUAUAAUAAAAAAUUAAUGAAAAAUAAAUAAUAAAAAUAGCUAUAUUAUAUUGAAAGAAAUAUACGCAAAAUACAUUAGUUUUAAAAAUUAAAGAAAUAUUACAACACAGUAAAAUAUCUUUGAAGCAAAAAAGGAGAAACAAGCAACCAACCAACUACUAUUAACUAUAAGCUCGUUUUUAAGAGAAAACAAAUUGAAAAAAUGUUUCCUAGAAUUUUUGUUUUUUUUUUUUUUUUUUUUAAAUAACAAAAAAAACUGAAAGGGAAAACACUUUUCAAUUUGAGCUCUUUUUUUUUUAUUUAGUACUAAAUAUAAAGCCCCUUUCCCAAAAAAAAAGUUCCCAUUGUAUAAAAAUUAAUUUAGUUUAAAAAAAUUGUAAUUCUAACUAAAAACAACAAUGCAUAUACUUUAAUUUAAUUAUAUAUAUAUAAAAAAAAAAACAAAAAACAAAAAGAGCAAAACAAACACACACACAUUAAGCAAAAAUAAUUUAUUUAAUUUAUCUUAAUUUUAAUUUAACAAAAAUUAAUAAGCAGUAGUUGAAGCCGAUGACGACGAAGAAGAAGAAAAGCUAACAACACAGCCGCUCUCUUUCCUUUCUUUUGGUCAAACAAAAAAAAAAAAAAAAAAAAAAAAAAAAUAAUAUCGAAAUUGUAAAAUCUUACAAAAUUAGUCAAUUUUUUUUUGUUUUUUGUUUAUAUAAGGAAUUCAAAAUUCCUUAUAUACAACUAGGAUUUUUCCUUGUAUUUCCCCUCUUAGAAAUUUUGCCACCAAAUAUUCAAUAAACUGCAUAUGAAAUUUUGUUAUAUUUUUUUACAUUUUCUUUUUGUUUUGUUUGUUUGUUUUUUUCUCUUUUUGUGUUUAUUUCUCUUCCUUUAUUUAUAUUUAUAAAAAUUCAAAUUUACUUCUCCUAUGCUAUUAUUAUUAUUAUUUCUUUUUUGUUUGUAAUACAAUUUAAUCCUAUUUAUAUUUAUAAUACUUAUAUAUAUAUACCCAUAUAUUUAUAAUUAAUUGAAAGUUUAGUAAAAAGCAACCUACACCACCCACAAACAAACCCCUAAUCCAUUAAAAAAAAAAAACUCCCCCAUUUUAGUUUUCUCUCCCCUUUCUUAUUGGAAUUAUACCUUUUAGCUAUAUGAUUUUUUGAAUAUCUAUUUCCGCCAAAAAAUAAUAAUACUAAUUAUCAAAAAAGAAAAGAAAACAGAAAAACGCAGUACUAAAAAUAAAAAUAGUGAAAAAUUGCAAUAAAACUUGCGCUUGUGUGGAAAUAUUUAAGAAAAAGACUUUAAAAAAAUGAUGAAAGAAAGAAAAAGAAAAUAAACCUUAUUUGAAUUUCAAUUAUUUUGCAAACCAAUUUA